UAUCUUGUAGACAUAAAUAAAUUUUUGAUUUCAGAAUCAGAAAAUGGCAUGUUGUUGUAAACCUGGCCGUGCGAACAAAUCAUCUGCCAGUUGCCUGGGGCGAUGCGGUCUGCCUAAGCAUCGAUGUUUGAUGAAGGAGGACGUAAAACCUGGACCUGUGCCCAAACAUAUGGGAUGGCUGUACACAGCUAAGGACGCCCCUGAACAUCAGCUGCGAUGCGGUUGGCGUCCGGGCCACAUAGCGUGUCCAGUUCUCAGACAGAUCGAACAACACAACUGUAUGAAGUCGAACGAAUGUAGCCCUAGGACAUCAUGCACCAAGCCAUGCCUGAAGCAAUGUAUGAAGCCAUGCUGCGCUCCCUCCAAAUGUAUUCCCGUCUGCCCCUCAACAACUUCUUGUACCAAGCCACCUUGCACUCAACCUCUAAUCAGGAUCAUCAGACAUGGAGGUCAAUACAGAAUAUGCACGAAACCUUCCAACAUAUCCAAUGCACCAUCCGGCCCUUACCCAUUGAAAUAUGUGUUAAAUACUGAUGAUUCGGACACAGGAGGGAAAUACAGCGUGGAAGCAAAGUUUAAUGAUUACCAUUUUGACUACACUAGUUCCCAAUCGUCUUUUGUUUUGGAUUUUUCACCACCCGAGCAGAAAUGCUACAAAUCGUGUCCAAAGAAAAGUGUGACAUGUCUAGCAUGUCGAAUAGAAAAAUAAUGGUCCAUCCUAAGUAUACAUAUAAAUAACUACAAUACAAUCAUAACAUAAAAU